CUCGCCCUCGCAGUCUUUCCUCCACACCACACCGUUGCCCCCCAGCAGAGCAGAUGGCCGCGCACGUGGUGUCCUGCUGCCUCCUGGUCCCCUCCUCUGGCGCCAAGGCCGCCGCGGCCUCCUCUUCCUCGCCGCCUAACUUGAAGGCGACCAAGAGCAGGGAGCACACAAGAAUCGGCCGAAGAGACUUUGUGCUCAGGAGCAGUGAGCUCGCCACGCUCGCCGCCAUCUUCCACUUCAGUGGCACCAAACCAAGCUACCUUGGCGUUCAGAAGAAUCCUCCAUCCCUUGCUUUGUGCCCUGCAACCAACAACUGCGUAUCAACAUCAGAGGAAAUAAGUGAUUCAAAUCACUAUGCCCCUCCAUGGAACUAUAAUCCCAAGGAUGGCCACAGGGGUAAACCCAUAAGCAAAGAAGAGGCCAUGAAAGAGCUCAUUGAAGUGGUCACGAAAACAAAGCCGGACAACUUCACUCCUCGCAUCGUGGACAAAACAGACGAUUAUGUUCGUGUUGAAUAUGAGAGUCCAAUAUUUGGGUUUGUAGAUGAUGUGGAGUUCUGGUUCCCUCCUGGCAACAAACCAAUCGUCCAGUAUCGAUCAGCGUCUCGAUCAGGAUUCGUCGACUUCGAUGCCAAUAAGAAGAGAGUAAAGGAGCUGAGAUUGGCGUUGGAAAAGAAGGGCUGGGCUUCAGAAAGCAGCUUCUGAAGGAUGGAAGUGGCACUGUCUGCUGCAGGCUGGGGUUGAUUAUUGGUGUGGCACUCAUGCUGAUCUUAUCACCAAAAACAGAAGCCAUGCAUGAUAAUGCCGCAUUUGUCACAUGUGCCUGGCUCUGGCUCUGGAUCAGUAGGGUACUAGGUAAUGAUCUCAUGCCCUCUGUGUGUGUGUGUUUUUCUUUGCCUUUAACAUGCCACUUGACAUGAGAUGAAUAAGCUGAGGAGGGGUAUGCGAUGCAAACUGUAAGCAAGGGAAUAAGGUUCUGAUGCAAACACAUUACAUAUUGCCGGUACGGUAGUGAGGGCUUAUUAAAUACGAGAUGAGACGAUGUA